CAUCAAUCAAUCAAAGAAUCAUACAGACAUUUACAAUAUCCAGCUCAUUGGUAUUUUCAAUUAUCAUUUUAUCAUAUCUUUCUUUCAUUCAUCUACACAUCUACCUAAUCUAUAAUUAAACCUUCCAUACAGAAGAUUCCUUCUUUAUCCUCACUUAUCCGUUAUCAAUAAUCGGAAAUCAGCCUCGCCUGACUCACACACCGAGCACCUUCUUUCUCACUUCGUUUGAACACAACUACAUCCCUUUGUCUUUUGAAUAAUCAAAAGUCUAACCCAAAUUGCAUCAUUUCUUGCCAUUCACCACUUAAUUGUGUUUUGAUUCGCAGUUUCUACUUUCGAACGGUGUGAUUCUUACCCCCGUGCCGCAACUACUCGUUACAGUCAUUCGGACGAAGUCUGAAUCAUCAUUCUUACGAACCUCCUUCUACUUUACUCUUUAAUCAAUCAUCCUUUCUGUUUAAUCAACUGCCUUUCCCUAUAUCCUACAAAUCUUCCUCGCGGUGCUAUCCCCUCUCAAACCAGAGAAUAAUAAUACCACCAUAAGAUAGAUACGUCAACGCAUCCUGAAAAGGAGAUAUCCCAUAUCUAUUUUAAGGAAUAGAAUCAAGACAAAGAAAAAGUUUACCAUCACUUUUUCUCUACUUUGAUACCAUCCAAUACAAGACACGCCGCUCAAUAAACACUUACACUCAUACAACUUUCCUUUAUACAAAUCCAUCUGCCAACAACAAACAAGAUAUACAACAUGUCUGCCACUACCAACAUGCCAACCUCUCCUAUUCAGCGCCGAGAUAUUCGAUCUGAGGCCCAGGGCUUCAAACGUGAUAAGGAUCAUUCCCAGAAAUGGGCUAUGGGGACUCGUCCGCUUGCUGGCGUCAAUAGGGCUAUCAUCCACUCGACUGAUGGUCCUAGUGAAUCUUCCAGGGGGAAGGAGAAGGUUAGACCUCAAAAAUCGUGGAGUCAAAUGUAUGUUUAUCAUUCUACUAUCCAAGACUAAGAAAUUGAAACUGACUCAUGCCCUUUCCAGUGUCAAUAGCGACCGACAUCCGCGCAACAACUCUAAUACCACUCCUAAGCCAUUCGGGGCCCCAUCCUACGACCACGGUCCUACCUCUUCUUCCCGUAUCGCCCGACAGAUUGAUGCUCAUAUCGAGGCUACAGAUAACUCCUCACACCCUCUUUCCAAGUCCUUACUCGACCUUCUUCCCACACAUUAUAAUAACACAUCUCCAUCCAUCGCUACCGCAAUGAUGAAUGCUGGUGAUGAAGGUGUUCUCUACUCUUUUGAUAGAAAAGACACACCAAAUAACAGAGUGGAUUUGAGUGGGUUAGUGGAUCUCGCAGAGCAGAAAUGGGUCAAUGAGCAAACCGAGAAGAUCGUUAGGGGUGAAUAUGAAGUUUUGGAUGCCGAGGGAGAAACUGUUCUUCAAAGACAAAGAGGCAGAAAGAGUCCAAGAUCUAAGGCACUCUCCCGCGCUCGUGGGGAUGGUAAGUCGAAUACUAAAGCUCAGGAGCCAGAGCCUCUUGAAGAUGAUGGGUUUGAACUCAUUUAACAUUCUAUUCCCAACAUGAAUUCGUACGUUGAUGACCUCUUCGUUGAGCAUUAUCGCGUUUCAAUUCACGACUUGGAUUUUCCAUUUUACAUUGUAUUCUCGUACAGGAUAUCAGAGAUCUUGCAUUGGGCGACAAGCAUUCGGAGUUUGUCCUUUUUUCUUCACUUUCCUUGCAUUCGGCACGCGCACAGGCAUGGGAUACCGGCAGGCAGCUUACUCUAGGGGUUUUUAAUACACGGAGAAGGAUAGCUAGCCUUUGAUUUUUAGUUUGUGCAAGCGUAUCGAUAGAUUGGCAUUGGGUCUGAUUUUUGCGUCUAAUUCAGGUGUAUUAUGGUGGUUCGGCUGGUGCAUAGCAUUGUUAGCUUACCGGUCUGGGGAUUGGGAGGAUAGCUUGGUGCUUAGCUGGUGCUCUCCGAUAAAUGUUUUCGGUGCAAAUUGGCUUGCUUUGUAUGUAUGGGCAGGAUGGUAUAUAUGGUAGGGUAGUAUUUCAGCACGGUGGUGUUGACGCAAUAAUGAUGACUGAAAAUGCAAUAUCAUCAUCAUACCUACAGUAUUACCCA